CACCUGGACUCUUGUUCCCGCCCCGCUGCCAGUCGCCGGCCCCCACCACCACCUCUGGUCCUGGGCCCGCAGAGCCAGCCCCAGCCCCAGCAGCAGACGGCGAGCAAAGCCGCGAACACGACGGGCAGCCCCGAAAGCUUUGCUGCGGAUACUUUAGCUCCCCGUGAGCGGGCGCUCCAAAGCAGGCCAGCGGCAGAAGAGCUUGUGCAGCUAUAAGCUUGGCUGGGCCCGUUCUUUGCUGCGCAUCGCACUGCUCGAUCUCCGAAAGGAUUGAAAGCGGGAGGAAAGUCGCAGUAGAAGAGGACGGGGCGGGAAGAUAUUAUCGACGAUACUAAACCUGGCAGGGUCGAGGGCGAAGUGGAGGAGGAGGCAGGGAAGGAGGAGAGGAGAGGAGCUGCAGUAGUCUUUCGCUGAGUGCACUUCCUUGAGGUGAAGUCAGCGAUCGGAGAGGAGGAGGAGGAGGAGUAGGAGGAGCAGCAGCGGCAGCAGCAGAAGAAGAAGCAGCGGCGGCAUUCUGUUCGAGUGUCGCUCGGAGGUCGAAGGGGAAUUCUGCCGGACCGAUCUUUAAGCUGCAGCAAUUUGGACUGCUAUUUAAUCUUUUUUAGACUUGUUGGCGCAUACAGAAAGCAAAUCCAAGAUCAUACCAGUUCGUCAAGAUGCGUGAAAUUUUACAUAUUCAGGGUGGACAAUGUGGAAACCAGAUCGGAGCCAAGUUCUGGGAAGUAGUCUGUGACGAGCAUGGUAUUGAUCCCACUGGGACCUAUCAGGGUACCUCCGACUUGCAGUUGGAGCGAGUGAAUGUGUAUUAUAAUGAAGCCAGCGGAGGGCGGUACGUCCCUCGCGCGGUUCUCAUGGAUCUUGAGCCCGGCACCAUGGAUAGUGUUCGAUCAGGUCCUUAUGGACAGAUCUUUAGACCCGACAACUUCGUCUUUGGGCAAACUGGAGCUGGAAACAAUUGGGCUAAGGGGCACUACACCGAAGGGGCUGAACUCAUAGACUCUGUUCUCGAUGUGGUCCGAAAGGAGGCUGAGAGCUGCGACUGUCUUCAAGGUUUCCAGGUGUGCCAUUCGCUUGGUGGAGGAACUGGAUCUGGUAUGGGUACUCUCCUCAUAUCUAAAAUACGAGAAGAAUAUCCCGACAGAAUGAUGCUCACUUUCUCAGUGUUCCCUUCGCCCAAGGUUUCCGACACUGUCGUCGAGCCCUACAACGCUACUCUGUCAGUACAUCAGCUCGUAGAGAACGCCGAUGAAUGCAUGGUGCUCGACAACGAGGCUUUGUAUGAUAUCUGCUUCAGAACGCUGAAGUUGAUAACACCUACAUUCGGUGACCUGAAUCACUUAAUCUCCGCGACGAUGAGCGGUGUUACCUGCUGUCUCCGAUUCCCCGGUCAGCUCAAUUCCGAUCUCCGGAAGCUCGCCGUCAACCUUAUUCCCUUUCCCCGCCUCCAUUUUUUCAUGGUUGGUUUUGCCCCUUUGACCUCAAGAGGAUCCCAACAGUACAGAGCACUUACGGUGCCCGAGCUCACCCAACAGAUGUGGGACGCGAAGAACAUGAUGUGCGCAGCUGACCCGCGCCACGGACGAUAUCUCACGGCUUCUGCCAUGUUCAGAGGGAAAAUGAGCACGAAGGAGGUGGAUGAGCAAAUGAUUAACGUUCAAAAUAAGAAUUCCUCUUACUUUGUCGAAUGGAUCCCUAACAAUGUGAAAUCCAGCGUCUGCGACAUCCCUCCCACAGGAUUAAAAAUGUCUUCAACAUUUGUUGGGAACUCUACCUCUAUUCAAGAAAUGUUCAGGCGUGUUAGCGAGCAGUUUACUGCCAUGUUUAGGAGAAAAGCUUUCUUGCAUUGGUACACAGGAGAGGGCAUGGACGAGAUGGAAUUCACGGAGGCUGAGAGCAACAUGAACGAUCUGGUAUCAGAAUAUCAGCAAUAUCAGGAUGCCAGCGCAGAGGAAGAACCUGAGUACGAGGAUGAGGGUGAUGAGGCUUAGAUUUUGUGUUUUUUUUUCGAGGCGUCUAAGUCUUAGUUAUGUUGACAGGAUUUUCUGUCUCUGUAGUCUGUAUAUUUAACUAAUCAGCACUGCAAACUCAUGUCUUUUCAUUUUCAAUAAAUAAAGUUGAACCGAGGCCUUUUCCGCU